AUGGCCUCACACGACGACCCCCAUCGCGCCUUUAAUGCUGCUCCACCGCCCGUCCCCUACAACGGCGCCCACUUCGGCACACCCUCGCACUCGACUCCCGCGCCCUCCUACCACUCGGGCCACGAGACUUCGAACCCCCCGUACCCCCAACCUCCGUACGGCGCUCCCCAGGGCCAGCCGCCCCGACCCGGCCCCUCGCCCUUCGAUAGCGUCUUCGAUGACCCGGCAUACCCUCCCGACCAGCGGUCCUACGCCGCCGCCAGCAACCAAGGGCUGUACCAAGACACCGGCUACUACGGCCAAGACCAUGCCUCCAAAAACAACGACUCCGUCGAUCACAUUUACGAUGCCUCGAGUGCCGAGAACGGGACGCGUCGCGCAAAGAACAAGGGCAAGAUCCGCCUCGGCGAGCUUGGCAUGUUUGGCGCCAACCGGAAGAGAAUCCCCUUUGUCGUCUACACCUUGACUGCCAUCCAGGUGGCCGUCUUCAUUGCCGAGAUCGUCAAGAAUGGCAUCUUGACGGGAUCGCCCAUCAUGACCAAGCCCCAGUUCAACCCCAUGAUCGGGCCGUCGACGCAGGUCAUGAUUAACAUGGGCGCUCGCUACGUUCCGUGCAUGCACAACGUCAAGGAGAUACAGGGCUCCAAUGUCCCUGUCCUCUUUCUUUGUCCGAAUGCCACCACAAACGACAACUUUUGUUCACUGUCCGAGCUCUGCGGCUUCGGCGGCGUCCCGAACCCGACCUUUAACAAUGCCGACCAGCGUCCCGCCCCCAAUCAAUGGUUUCGCUUCAUCACCCCCAUCUUCAUGCACGCCGGACUCAUCCACAUUGGCUUCAACCUGUUGAUGCAGCUCACAAUCGCCAAGGAGAUGGAGGUGGCGAUUGGCCCCAUUCGCUUCUUUCUUGUCUACAUGAGCGCCGGCAUAUUUGGCUUCGUCUUGGGCGGCAACUUUGCUGCCCCAGCCUUGCCCUCCACCGGCGCAUCGGGUUCCCUCUUCGGAAUCAUCGCCCUAACUCUUCUCGAUCUCUUUUACUCGUGGAAGGAACGGAAAAGUCCCGUCAAAGACUUGAUGUUUCUCAUCCUCGACAUGGUCAUCUCGUUUGCCCUGGGCCUGCUGCCGGGGCUGGACAACUUUGCCCACAUUGGCGGGUUCGUGAUGGGGCUAGCUCUCGGCAUCUGCGUCCUCCACUCGCCCAACUCGCUGCGCAAGAGGAUGGGCAACGGCACCCCGUACUCGGUCGUCGUCCCGGGAGACGGCUCACCGUCGGCCCAGUUCUUCAGGGGUCCGCUCGGCUUUUUCAAGGGACGGAAGCCGUUCUGGUGGUUCUGGUGGAUCGUCAGAGCCGUUGUCCUCAUCGUCGUCAUCGUCGUCUUCAUCGUGCUGGUCAACAACUUUUACACGGCUCGGGAUCGCUGCGAGUGGUGCAAGUACCUGAGUUGCAUUCCUGUAAGCAACUGGUGCGAAAUCGGCACGAUUCGCGAGGACAGCUGA